AUGUGCCAAUAUAAUGAAAUCGAUGAAGGUUGUUCUCAUGAAAAACGCUACACGUCUGAAGAAAACGACAACGAUACAAAAACGGUAACAUUCGAUCAUGGUACAACCUACCAAGAUGUUACCAUUGCGGCCGCAGAAAAUACUCUACCUGAACCAACGACAAAUCUAUCCAAAGAUCAUCCAGGAUUUUUUCAAGAAACUUCAACAAAAAUUGCCUUUGGUGUGGCUAUAAUCAUAGCUUUUAUUAUUGGAAUAAUCACAAUUUAUUAUAUUAAUCGCAAACGAAGAAGGAAAAAUAGACACAUUAGUCAUAAGCUUCAGCUAAAACCGAAACAGGGUAGUAAAGGUUCUUCAGAAAUGCAAUUUGUUGAGGAUUAA